AUGGCGGAGCCCCCGGCCAAACGCUUCAAAGCCGCCGACUGCAACGACAUCAUCAUCGUGUCUGUAGGGCGCGAACAGAAAAAGUAUUAUCUGUAUCCUUGCGACGCGAAGAAGACGUCGGACCUCUUUCGCAACGCCGACACGACGGGUCCCCCUCUCAACAUUCCCCGUUUCGACCCAGAGACUUUUGACAUCUACGUCGAAUGGAUGUAUGACAGAAACUCGGCGUUAAUCGCGGCAAAAGACUCUUACGAACAUCUGAUGGAGCUCUAUAAGCUAGGAGAGUAUCUCGAGGACAGCGCCUUCCGCAACAUGGUCAUGGACACAACAAUUGAGAUCGGCGUAAAACCUACCUGGGCUAAAGGCAACAUCGAGUUUCAGCAUCUCUUUUUGAUAGCAUCCGGCGCCAUGCAUCGACUAUGGAUCCGAGUGUGUGCGGUAUCGACCAAGCCUACCGACGUGUGGGUCGCCGGCAAGGGAACGCUCGAUGACUUCUUCUUUCGCUAUCUGAUAGAAGAAUACGCGACCAUGGGUGGCGAUCCAACCAAGUUCCGACUGCCGACUAUGGAGGAUCGCUGCGACUAUCAUGACCACGAUGCGGACGAGCCAAGAUGCACUUGA